CUCCACCCAUGCCGCCAUUCUUCAACAAACACAAGGAUACCAGCCCCCCAGAACCUCUGCGAGAAGCGGCCCCCAAGACUGUAGACUUUCCCAUUCCCCUAGUUACCUCUCCGGAAGCCCUGAACACGAACGGUGAUAGCCCAAACCCUACCAUCAACGUCCCAGAGCCAGAAAAUGCAGACGACCUCGAUACUGCUAAGCGGCUAGAUGGUGCAUUCAAGGUCAUUGGCGAUGCGCAAAAUGGGUACAGCAAGUACCAGGGGUCGACUGUCGUCAAGCUCGUCAAUCAGUCAGGCGAUAUGCUUGGGGCGAUCAAGACGGACGUAGCCAGUGCACAGAGCUUCUCCUCACCCCUCAAGCCCGUAUACGAAAGCGAGGCCAUGAAAGUGGUCCGGAGCGGCGUGAACGCGCUAGUCGACAGCCUCCCAGGACUUGUCAAGGCCCUGGACGAGGUCGCGAAGCUGCAUCCGUUCAUCGGAAUCGCCGUUGGAGCGUUCCGGAUCGUCGUCGAGCUCGACCUGAAGCGCCGGGACAACGACAAGAAGAUCGCGGCGCUGUUCCUCCAGAUGAAGGACAUGAUGGAGGCAUUGCUCCAACUGCGGUCGAUCAAGGACCACGAAAGCAUCGGCCCUGGCGGCCAGACAAUCAAGGCGCGCAUGCAAGACCUCGUCAAGCAGACUGCUGACGACAUCACCGCAUGCGGAAACGCCUGCGACGCAUACUCGAAGAAGCGGCUGGUUGUCAAGGUCAUCAAGGGCUCGCUCUGGGACGGCACGCUCAAGGGCUAUAUCGACGUAUUCGCAAAGCGCCGAAAAGAGUUCACCUUUGCGCUGUCCAUCCAUACUGGGGUCGGCGUGGACGACGCGAACCGCAAGCUCGACUCGCUCGACUCGAAGAUGGACGUCUUGAUCGAGUUCUUCACGAUGUCGGUGACGCCGGAGUUCAAGGAGCUCGCGGCACUCGUGCAGAAGAAGGGCGGGGCACGCGCGGUGAUGGACAGCAACGAGACACUCAACGAACUGCUCGAGUUCAAGGCUUCCAGCGCGGCGACGACGUCGAAACGGGCGGAGCAUGACGGUCCAGAGCACAACAGUUAUCUAGGGAAGGGUAACUUGGAUGCGCUCAAGCUGGAGCUGUUCGAGAGCCCCGAGCUUGCCAUCAAGAAGAACUUGGACGUAUUCGAGCGUAAGUUCAAGAUGCAGCAGAGGGAGCUUGCUGAGGAGAUGCGGCGGGCGGUUCACCACGAGGGCGACCGUGUCAUUGAGGCCGUGACAUCUGGCUCUCAUGACAGAAUCAUCGAUCCGGAAAUCCACGAGAUAUGGAAGGAAAUGCGAUGGCCAGGACACGUAAAAGCGCGACACUUCGUGCUGGCCUUGCGCGACUAUUACCGCCAGCAGAUCGAGGCGAAGAGAAGGGCGAAGGGCGAAGAGAACCCGUCGCGUAUCGGCGACGACGACGAAUGGGCGCUGGAGUGGAUCAGUAUCAACAGGCUUCAGUCGAUCGCCGAGGCCUUCGAUGACGACGCGUCAGGCUUCAUCACCGUCGCCGAAGUCAACCAGUUCACAGCAGCACGUCCGAAAGGAUGGAGUCUAUCACAUUGGCUUGCCUACUGGGCGAUAGGCAAUGACUUUCUGUCAACGUUUUGGUGGCAAAUGACGGCGACAUACUAUCGAAACAAGGUCGUCGAGUUGAUGGGGAAGAUGUUUGCGAUACAGUCGCUCAUCCGUCCCGCAAAUGCGCAGGCCGUGGAGAAGUAUCUCGAGACGGUGUACAAACGCGUCUGCACCCUCACGUCUUCCUUCGUCUGCGCGAAUGAGUCCGACGCGUUGAAGGCGCGCUUCCAAAGCUACGUCGACGACGAGGAAAAACGCCUACGCGAGGGCCUUGAGACCGUGCGGUAUGACAUAGACGCUAUGGACACACUCACACUCAUCACCGGGCCGGGGAGGAUCGAGAAGUACUUGUUCCCCGUUCUCUACCUGCUCCUGAAGCGCGACUAUGAGAUCUUCCGCGUGUGCCGCAAGAUGGUCGUUCAUAAAGAUGAGCUGUGGGACUCUGCCGAUACGUUGGUCUGGGUCUUUGACGCGGUUGACUUUCGUCAUAACGAGCUAGAAGGCACGUCAAACGAUGAAUCUCAAAAUCUGGAUCCCGCACAGCAAUUUAAGGUGCACGCAAAGGAGCUGCUUGAGUACUGGCACGACGGCAAGAAAUUUUGGUCCCUCGAGAAUCUACGCGAAUGGACGUUCACGGAAUACGAAUACGUCGACGCGGAGGAGGACCAGGAGGUCGACACCUCAAAGCUCUUGAACUAUCCUUCGGCCGCGGACAAUCUCUACAACGAGAUUGAAGACAUUGUGACCGAAAACGACACACGAGCGGAUGACGACGUCAGGAUCAUUCUUGGAAGAUGGACCGGACUCAUUGGCGCAGAACGCUGGGUCACCACCCCAAUCGUGACAUUCUGCUUCCACGCAUCCGCGGACAAUGGGUCAUACGAGGCGAGCGAUACCGCCGCGCACGGAACCGCUUACACCAUUCUUGGCGGGUAUACCAAGAAAGAGGACGGGUCGGUUGAAUACAACUUCACCAGGACGUAUGCAGCACGCCUCAAGAAGAUGUACUUCACCGGUACGCUGAACGAAGAUGGCGACACGCUGGCCGGUAGCUGGGGAUACGAGGACGACGAGAAAACCUACCGCUUCCUGUUCAAGCGCAUCCCUGCAGAGACGCUCAUUUCCCGACCACCGCCUGCGGAAUUCGAGGAGAACAAGGUCCGGGCCCUGUGGAAGUAUGCUCUGACGGCGGUCCACAACGAAGUGCGGAGGAAGAUGUUCUCGUGGUCGUACCUCAAGGAGCGACGUGAUAUCAGGCGGGAAUAUCUCCAACUUGUGGAGCGCGAGAUCGACAACAUGUCCACGGGCGACGACCUAGACCGCUUCGCCAUCUUGGACCGCACGGCGACUUGCGAGGAAGUCCGCUCUUUCUACGUCCUCAAAGACUACACGCAGCGGCCUAUUCCUUCGCACUUCGCCGACUGCGAUGCAUGCGGGGAGCGCAUUUACGGCGCGCGCUUGAUGUGCCUGAAGUGCGGCUCGCGAUGGACACUCGACUUCUGUGACAAGCCCAGCUGCAGAGCAGCCGUCAAGACACGCGACGAUUGCACCGAACCCCAUCUACCUACCCACGACUUCGUCAAAGUCCGAAGGUCAUUCCACCAGCACCGCGAGAUUGGCAAGAUCCUUCGCUUGUCGGACGCGGGCCUCGAGCGCGCGAGGAAGCUUCUCAGCAAGGCUGCACGGGCACAAGCGGAGGAGGUCGCCCAGCCUGAGGAGGGGGAGAAGGCAGCCGAGGCGAAGAUGACGAAGCAAGGCCGGGAGGGUGCUCACGCCUCCGAAUCGGACUCAGAAUCAGAGGCGGAGCCAGAGAAGCUGACCUGCGUUUCGUGUUCCGCCACGGUGUCUUACUCGUGUUGGUACUGCAUCGACUGUCCCGCCGAGUCGAACGUCUUCGUCUGUCAAGAAUGCGACGAGAAAGGCGGGGUCGAUGCCGGGGACCACAAAGCUACGCACAGCCUCGUGCACUGCAAGGAGAAGGUCGAGGCGGAGGGCGAAGGGGAUGCGGCGCGGAACUCGGAGCAGCGACUCUCGGCCGUCGAAGGGAAACUGGCUUCGCUUUCAGCGCAGAUGGAGAGGAUUGAAAAGCUUCUAGAGUCACUAGCUGGGGCCCGGUCAGCGUGAAAGAUCCAGGAACACUAUCUCAGGCCACCUUCCAUCCUAGCAAUGAUUAUUUACGCGCAUCAACGAGCACUUCGACUUGCCCCCCACCGACAUCCCGCGGCCUGACGUACCGUGUUCGAGGAGCACCAUGAAUAUGUAUUUCCACACACACCCCACAAUUUCU